UUUCAAUUCAUGUGGAAUAUUUCGUGUUGUUGGAAAACAAACUUUGUAAAUAAAAGAAUAAAAAAACCGAAUACAUUUUGAUCCAACUUCAAUAAUUUUUGUCAUAAACACAAAUUGAAAGAAUGGAUAUUUUAAAAGCAGAAAUUGAGCGAAAGCGGAAAUUGCUAGAGGAUAAAAAUUUGGUGAAUUCGAAAAAGAAGUUCUUCAGACGCGGAGACUUGUUGGCACAGGAGAAAGAAACGAAUUCAGCAUCACAUGGUAAACAGAACGAUAAUGCAUCAACGCCUGAAAAAAGUUCCGACUCACAAAUGAAAUCGAAUUUAAGUCCCGAGCAGAAAGAGUUACCACGUAUUGAAGUUAUUCGUCGUCUGCGAGAUCGAAAUGAGCCAAUUCGAUUAUUCGGUGAAAGCGAUCGCAAUGCAUUUUUGCGAUUACGACACAUUGAAAUUAUGCAGCCCGAAGUACAGCAUGGUUUUCGAAACGAUUUCCAAGAAGCUAUGGAUGAAGUUGAUCAACAAUACUUAAAAGAAAUGUUAGACUCAUCCGAGGCGAAUCAUGCAAAGGAUAACAAGCAACAAGAAAUCGAUGUGCUAGAUGAAUCGAUAACCUAUGAUGAAAUUCAAGAAAUGGCAAAGCGUUUGGGACGCGGUAACAAAGAUCAUGACCACUUGGUGAUUAGUACACUCCUGGAAUUUUUACUUAAACUAUGGAAUGCACAAGUCAAUUCACAGAAAGACCAUACGACAAAUGUAAAAAUCGCCCGUGCCACCUAUAACCAAACAAAAGUUUAUAUGAAACCAUUGCUACGAAAACUCAAAACACGACAAAUUCCCGACGAUAUUUUGGACAGUUUAACGGAAAUUAUAAAACAUUUAUUGUCACGAAAUUAUAUUAAAGCGAGCGAUGCAUAUUUACAAAUGGCCAUCGGAAAUGCACCGUGGCCAAUCGGUGUGACUAUGGUUGGUAUUCAUGCUCGUACCGGUCGUGAAAAGAUUUUCUCAAAAAAUGUCGCUCAUGUUAUGAACGAUGAAACACAACGCAAAUACAUUCAAGGACUCAAACGACUAAUGACCAAAUGUCAAGAAUAUUUCCCCACCGAUCCAAGCCGAUGCGUUGAAUACGUGAAUAAAAACAAAAACUAGAUAAUAAUUAUUAUAGCCCCCAUUGCAUAACUUUCCAGAGACGUAAUUUUCAAAAUUAUUUUUCAUUUUUUUUUUUAAACAUCCAUGGUUUACAAUAUUCAGAUCAAAAGAACAAGAAGGCAUUAGAGAUUUAGAGUUAGAAUUGAAAGUUUUCGAUUUCUUUGAAUAUUGUUAGUUUUAUGUUUUUAUUUAGAAUAUUUUCACAUGUCAACAAUAAAUAUUCGAGAACGACAACAGA